UCUCUUCGUGGCCCAACCAUGCCAAAAACCACGAGAAAGUAUUUUUAAACUUCUUACCAGACAGAUUGACAGACAAGAGGAUGAACAUCGAAGAAACUGAAAGCGCUCUACCAAACAUUGAAUGCAGCCGUGAUAUGUCAAAGACUUCUCAGGCAAAAUUCAACAGAGCAUUAAGAAAUGCUAUUUAUGGGACUUUCACAGAAUUUAUUCAUGCAGAGACAAUUGUUCACAUGAUGCGAAAACGCUGUCCAAAUCUUUUGUUGGACAGAGACAUAGAAGCAGUUAGAAAAAAGUCUGAAAUCGAGGGCAACCUAAAAGCUAGUGAAGAGUUACUGGCGAGACUUGCUAGGUACGAUAAUUGGUUUAGUCGUCUGAUUGACUGCCUUAUGGACGAUGAAGUGAAACAAAGUCAUGUAGCUAAAAUACUUCUAAAAAUUCAAGCUGAGCUACUUCAGGAACCAGAAAAGUUUCAAGGGGAUGAUUCAGACCUUGCAGAAUUCUAUGAUGACUACAGUAUUAGUAUUGGGUUGGAGAUCGAGUUGAUGCGGGUCUGUAUGAAAUAUGAGAAUGUCAAAAUGGAAAAAGAACGGCAUGAAUCCAAACUUGAAAACCAAAUAAAAGAAACAGAAAAACAAGCCAAGACUAACAAAAAAUUGUCUGUCCUGUUGAAAGAGACACAGAAAGAAAAUAACUCUCUAAAAUGGACAAAUUAUACAAUAAAUAGUCAAUUACGGGCCUCAACUUCAAAGACAACUAUUAACGAAUUUUGUACACAUUGUCAACCUGAAGCAAUGUUGACAACACAACGUCAGUUCCUAUGUGAUCUUGACGAUGCCCUUGAAAAUUUUGUGGACCAAGCUGAGAUAAAAUCUACUGACAAGUCAUGGCAAGAUUUACUUGUUUUCAUUUCUUUUUCUGACCUUGAGAAAACGUUAAAGGUCUGGAUAAGUAAAAAGCUGGACGUCAACUGUUUCGGAACUCUGAAACGAAAUUUUUUAAUACCUCAAAUCUUAAUUCCAUUCCCUUGUGUAAUACCAGAGAUGCUUACGCCUUUGAUGGCAGCUAGUUUAAACAGAAGCUCCAAAACUCUUGCCAGACUUUUAGAAGCUAAUGCUAAUGUUAAUGCUGCAAAUGACUUAGGAGACACAGCACUGAUUUAUCUGUGUCAGGAGAGUAAGUCCAUUCAACACUGGUUUAAGAACACGUGUAAUCAAAUGAUCUCUCAGAGUCGUGAAUCCAUCAGCUGCCUUACCAAUCUGAUUCAAGCAGGGGCGGAGAUGGAUGGUACAGGUAACAAGGGUAUGACAGCCCUCAUGCAUUGCGCCCUAAAUGGAAAUGCAAAAUUUAUCAAGAUAUUGGUGGAGAAAGUUACGAACAUGAAGAUACAAUCCGAGGACGGCAGAACAGCAUUGAUGUAUGCAAGUUGUUGUUUAGAAGAGGAGUCUGCUACUUGUGCAUCAUAUUUACUUACAGAUUCGGAUUUGAAUGCUGUUGACAACGUGGGAAAUACUGCCUUGCUACACAGCAUUCUUAAUAAAAAUGUUCAUGUAUUUAGAGUUUUACUGAAGUCUCAAAUAGACAUAAACGUACAAAAUAAAGAUGGGUUCUCUCCAUUGAUGGUAGCCGUGGAGCAAGAUCUGGGAGAGUUUGUUGGUGAGUUACUGAAGCUGAAUCCACAAUUGAAAUUACAAAACAAAGAUGGCGACACCGCAUUAAUACUAGCUGCUAAGAAGUAUGCUCAGAAGUAUGGUCACGUCAGAAACUCUGAUAUUUUGGAAGCUAUGAUAAUGGUGUCAGACGUUGGUUUCGACAUAAUAAACAAUAAAGGGAAAUCGGCAAUGAUGAUUAUCAUAGAGUCAGAUGCAGCUGAAAUUAACUUAGUUCAAAAGAUGACAGAAAACGGAGCAGAUUUGAAUGUGACAGACCUGGAAGGUAGAACGGCAUUGCAAUAUGCUAGAAGUAAUACUUCAACUUUGGUAAGGGACGAGAUACAAUUAAUUAUUAAGUUUAUCAAAAGACAAAUAUCAAACUAAUAAAUAAUUGCAGCCUUUUAGAAAUUAUCUAUACACUUAUUUCAAGCAUUUAUUUCUUUUUAAAUGUGAGAUCAAAUAGUGAAUUAUGAAAAUAGUGAAAACAUAAUAUUUUGAUGUAUGUAUUUAAAGAAUAGAUUGGUGAAUGUCUACACCAACGUGUAAUGUGUGAAAAGAUUGUAGUUUUCAAACGCAGACUACUUUAAAAAUGAAUGCUGAAACAUUCUUAUUCACGUUUAACAUCUUGAUCUAUACUAUGUACUGGCGUAGAAACCAUGGCGCGAAGGGGUUCAUUGCGCCCGGGCCCACGACCAAAAGGGGCCCAAACGGGGUUAUGUAAGAGACUGUGUUGACUAUAAGAGUUUAAAUGCAACUCAUUAUUACAUUAUUUUUAUUAAAUCAUGUUAAUUUUCCUUAAGUUCUAUUUCUGGUGUCCGAGAAAAAUAACAAAUCCAUGUCAAUCUUGUUACUGUAGUAUGUAAUAUAUUAAAGGAAGGUAACUCUUUAAUUGUCAGUACAGCGUUUCAUUUAGAUCUAACGUGUUAGAUUUUUUAUUCAAUAAUAAUAAUAAAUACAUAAACUACAUGUAAGCCUACUCCUUGUGAAAGUGUUUCUAUAAUGUAUAAUAUUUGCUUUUGUUUUGGUCCCAGUGUUAUGUAUGUUUAAUAUUACAAAACAUAUUUACUAGUUAAAAUACUUGAAUUAAUUAUAUGAGUAAAUAGUAUCCAAAUUUUUUCUAUUGGUAACCUAGACAUCAUACUUAAUAAAAACAGAAAAUACACAUAUUGUUAGACCAAAUAAAAUCUAAAUAUAAUGAUACCCUUCAUUUCGACAAUAUGUCUUCCAAUUUCUUAAAGUUACAAACAUUAGUGCAGCCGAGCUUAAGAUCAUAAUCGCCUUUCUACUCACUAGUUUGUUCAUUAAUUUCUUUACAAAGAUGCUUUGAAAACCAUCGUCUCUUGAAUAAUGAAGCUGGAGUAAAACAGGACUAUUGUGCUGUGGGAAGCCCUAAAAAUCCCAUACCUGUGACUGCCAAUACACAUUCCGAAUAUCUGAAGACUCAUCAUAUGACUCGGAAUUUCGAAAUAUUACAUGGUUGACCAAAGACAAAUGAUCUGCAGUGACCUAGUUUAGUUUAGAGAUUAUGUUCGUUUUGUAAAUAACUAUAAUGUGCAUUGUUUUUAGCGACGGUACGAGCAGUCACUCAGUCAGACAGACAAACGACGUUGCAGAUAGGUGAAGAAUAUGGUUAGGGCUUGUAGAAAGAUGGAUAUUUAAGAGAGGACCGAGUAAUCGACGAAUAUAGAGACAAGACAAUCAUCCCCAUCUGUAAAUAAACAUUAGGUCUUCUAAAUUUUUAUCAAGAAUGUUAGAGUUAAGUGUUGUUUCUCUUGAAUGUGCUCGGACUCGCAUUACGCUAACUGAAGUAGUUCAGGACAACACACACAAGGCAGGACAGAUCCCAAGCUUAAGGAACUUGUUCUAUUUUACCCCGUAAGUAACAGGUGUAUCUUGUUAACUGUCACGCGUAUCAGUUUGUCUUCAUUGCCAUGUACUCUCUCAUUAGAUACAGUAGAGCCCUUUGGUCACACUCAACUUAUAGAAGGCUGGGGCGAUUUGCGUCGGCUGACUACACACAUACCACUACCCCCAUCUGUGUCACCACCAAGUUUAUAACAGUAUAUUAAUCUUGAACGAGGAAGGAUGACCUGGGGACUUUGGGAACAAAUCGGCAGUCAGCGUGUGUUUUUCUUACCGCGGAGGGUCGGAUUCCCGGCUUCUGCUUUUCUAAUAUUUUACAAUUUAUAAUUACUUUUAAGAAUAGUUUAUUUGAUUAUUAAAUUUUAAGGCUACCCACUUAUUUAAGUUAUUUGAUCUCUUAGUUUUUAUCAUGUGGAUUGAUAACUAUAUGUAAUUGUGUUUUUUGGUUGUUGUUUGUUUUUGAUUAUUCAAGAAGUUCUAAUUAAAUUCUACGUUACGUAUUUUAAAUAGCAUUCUGAUGUCCUGUGAUUUAUGCGUGUGCGAUUAAUAUAAAGUUAAAGUAAAGUUCCCCUUUCAAACCGUCUGGUCUAUAGGGCAGAGGAUGUAAAGGUCAUCUGUUUUUGUGGCCUACGG